AUGAACGAGAGAAAUGAGCGCUCCCGCACUCUCCCUCCUGAUUCAGUUCCAUUCAGCCCCUCUCCGAGUGAACUCCUGUCCGAAAUUUUAUUGCGUCCUUGUUACAAUUUGAAACGCGUGGAGUGCAGUGAAUAUUAUAUCGGUGAUCACAAAUUCGCCAAUGUGUUAUCUAACAUUUAUAUUGGAUAUUCUUUGAAGAAAGUAUCGGAGCGUUCCAUGCUGGAGAAAGAAAUCAGGGGCGUUAUUUAUUAUCAA